ACCAGUUGAAAGAGCAUCGCCGUAGUUCAGCUUUAUGAUUACUGUAGGUAGAUAGGGGGCCCAGCCACGUGGCUCUCUCUGUUCCGUCUUCUGAUCUCGUCAAUACCUCGAAAUAAUUUGCAAAAAAAUAAAAUUUUUCUCGAAAUAAUAUUGACGAGUUCGCAGAGGACAGCGGGGAGUAACAGACAGAGAGAAAGAGAGCCAGUUUCAGUGAUCGAUCCAUUCGAAUAUGGUUGUGUGAUACGGGAGUGUUUGGUGCAUAGCAAUUAACGAUUUAGCAAUGAAAGGUGCUUUUUCGGUGCCCGGAGAUUACAUCCACUUCAAGUCUCUGGUCCCUCUUCAUAAGAUCCCCAUUGGCAUAAAGCAAUGGCGAUAUUAUGAUUUUGGUCCAAAGGUGGUACCUCCUCUUAUUUGUCUUCCUGGAACAGCAGGGACAGCAGAUGUAUAUUACAAACAAAUCAUGUCAUUGUCCAUGAAGGGUUACCGGGUGAUUUCUGUUGAUAUUCCACGAGUUUGGAAUCAUCAUGAGUGGAUUCAAGCAUUUGAGAAGUUCUUGGAUGCUAUUGAUGUUCAUCAUAUACAUCUAUAUGGUACGUCCCUUGGGGGCUUCUUAGCACAACUCUUUGCUCAGCAUCGUCCAAGACGAGUUCGGUCAUUGAUACUAUCCAAUUCUUUUCUGGAUACACGCAGUUUCUCUACUGCAAUGCCAUGGGCGCCCAUUGUCAGUUGGACCCCUUCUUUUUUGCUGAAACGAUACGUCUUAACAGGAAUUCGUGAUGGUCCCCAUGAACCAUUCAUUGCUGAUUCUGUGGACUUUGUUGUUUCUCAGGUUGAAACACUCUCAAAGGACGACUUGGCCUCAAGGUUAACUUUGACAGUUGAUACUGCUGCGGUUGGACCUCUUCUGCUUUCAGAUUCUUUUAUAACUAUAAUGGAUACAAACGACUACUGUGCAAUUCCACAACUACUCAAAGAUGAACUGGGCGAGAGGUAUCCUGGUGCAAGGCGAGCAUAUUUGAAAACUGGGGGAGAUUUUCCAUUUCUUUCUCGUCCAGAUGAAGUUAACUUACAUCUUCAGCUGCACCUGAGACGGGUUGGUGUAGAAGCUCGGGCUGAUUUGGUCCAAGGCAUCUCAAAGGGAGGUAGUGGUGGAAGUCAUAGUGAAGAGAAUGAUGGAAGAGAAGAUCCUAAUGAUCCACCCAAGGAUGAUGGGGAACCUUCUGAAGGUCGUUCCACAGAUGGUCAGCUGCAUCUAGCUCCAGAAAGUUCAGAAUCCCAUAGUUUAGAUGAACGACUCAGCCAUGCGAUAGCCAGCCACUUGGUUAAUGAAGAUCUGGCGGUGCUUUUCUUACCUCAUGUGCGGGAGAUUUUCUUUCUAUAUUUACUUCCUCUUUAUUUGGGGUCAUUGUACAUUACUCUGAACUAUUACUGGAAAGUCAAACAAGAAGUGUAAAAUGAAAUGUUCGGACAUUUUUUUGCUGUAUAAGCUUAUACCGGCAGUUCUUGUGUGUUCCUAGGAUCUGUAUUCUAUUACAUAUUUGGCAUUUGGGAGUGA